AUGGGGGCCAAUACGGAUCUGCAUGUCCUCCUGGUCCAAGAGGUGAUCUGUGAUGCCGGACUGCAUUUCGAUGGAAACGAGAGAUGGAAAAUCGUCUAUGGGAAGUGCGAGGGAGCGUGGCGAGGGAACGCCAUUUGUUAUCGGCUACACUGGGGCGAAGCCAAAGCAUGCCAACAAGCCAAAUGCAUCAUCGGGCUGGACGCCAACGAGGCAUUCCAUGAAGGGAACACGUCCCAAUAUGGAGACACGGGGAGAGGCGACACAAUCCUCAAUGUCCUUGCGGAACUCUCCUUUCGACUUCCACCUCAGGAGCUCCACAAACCGUCCCACUUCCCCUACAACCAGGCACUGUCGCCCAGGCGGCUAGACUACAUUGUGGUCAAAGGAGGGCGCCUCGGACCAUGCAAAGUGGAGGACCUCAGGGACUUGGCCCGCUCGGAUCACGAGCCCAUCUCCACAACACUGCCGGCAGGGAACCCAUGCAAGCCCAAUGCCACGACUUGGGGGGCACGUCGCCUACGAGCCCCCCCCAUCGUCCAACACCACCUACACUGCACCGAACCCGGCAGGCACACUACGCUAUACGAACGAGUCCGAGCCACGGCUAAAGCCAUCACCGAACCCUGCACGGGGAGAACAGCCCCAUACACCGAAAGCCCAGAACUCAGAACCGCGCGACACCAAGCCUACAGCCUACCCCCAGGCAUAGAAAGGAGGCAAGCCUGGAAGUGUGUACAGAAACAAAGGAAGCAGGAACACAAAGCGUGGCAGCAAUCCCUCGUGGAACAAGCCAGCAGACACAACUGGAAAGCCAUGCGCACACUUGACCACCUCCACAAAACACGCCGCUGGGAACACUGCCUCACGGACGACCCGGAGUGGCAACGGCACCUACAAGAACACAUGCAAGGAGUCUUCGCCAAAGCAGACCCAACAGCCACCAGAACAGCCAUAGGGGAAAUCCACUGGGAACUCACCAAGCAAUGCAAGCACACCCCGUGGAGACCCUUCACGGAAUCCGAGCUCAGAAUGGCGACAGCCACCUGGCAACCCCGUAAAAGCACCGGGCCGGACCUCAUCUCACAUGAAGCCUUGCAACAAAUGCUCACCACCAAAACUUGGACCCAGUCACUACAAGAGAUCAUGGAUGACAUACUCUACAUGGGGCAAAUCCCACCGGAAAUCGCGGAGGGGAUCACAGUCCUCCUUCCCAAGACCGCUCAACCCUCCACGUGGGGGAACACAAGACCCAUCACCCUCAGCAGUAGCAUCCUUAAAUGGUUCGCACAGCUUCUCCUGCAGCGAUGUCGGGGGCAGCUCACCACCAGCACACUCCAAUGGGCAGCACCGGGGAGACAAGCAGUCGAGCUGAUUUGGGUUCUCCGCCGCGUAGCCAGACUGGCCAAAGAUUGGGGGGAACCCACCUACAUCGUCAAACUCGACAUCCGGAAAGCUUUCGACUCCGUGCUCCAACCGGCGUUGGGGGAAAUGGUGAGGGACAAGGUGGGUGGCAAGGGAGGGCACCCAUGGGAAGCGAGGGCGUGGCUGGGAAUCAUCGAAGCAAGAGGACUGCAGGUGGCGGUGGGGGACAAGAUCACACCGGUCCAACAAACAAAUGGCGUACGCCAGGGUUCCCCCGACAGCCCCGAACUGUUCGCCUCACUGGUGGGAGACACACUGGAUGAGGCCACGCAAGCAGCGGGGAGAGCACCACAGCACCCCCAAUGCCCUAUCAAUGGGGGAGCCUUCAUGGACGACACGUACCUCUGGAGCAACAACAAACUCCACCUGCAGUCGCAGCUCACCCACCUUGAAACCAGACUGGAGAAGAAAGGGCUCUCCAUCCACCCAGGAAAGACAGCCAUCAUAACAAACCAGACGGAAUCCACAACCUUCAUCAUAGGGGGGCAGGAGGUGGCGGCCAAAGGGGGGGACACCAUCCUUACGGUGCUGGGAUCACCUGUCAGCUUCGACAACACCACAGCGGCGAUAGCAGCAGAAAUGGGGGGACGAGCUAGGCGGGCUUUCCACAUGCGCAAACCAGUCCUAUGCGCACCCACCCCCCUCAAAGCCAGAUUACAGCUGCACGACACAUACAUCCGUAACACAGCCCUGUGGGGAUGCUCCACAUGGCCAGCGCACGACGCCUUGCUACGCCAAGCAAACGCCAUACAGCUGGGACAGGUGAGGCAAAUGAUGGGACACAGGCGAAGACCCACUGAAAGCUGGACCGAGUGGAACACCAGGACCCUACGCCUCGCCAGACUCGCCCUUCAGUACCACAACGUCCAAAGAUGGAGCACACACACCCUUCACCGCACCUGGUCAUUGGCCGGGCACAUAGCACGCGGAGAAGGGCCCACCAAACAAAUUGCACUAUGGAAAAACAUGCAGUGGUGGAGGGGGGAGCAGAAAAAGCGGGGGGGGGCCAGACAUGCCAAACGCUUCAACCCGAACCUUGACCCAGAGCGCCACCUUGCAACCAUAGGGGGGGACAACUGGGUGGAGGUGGCACAGGAUCGAGGGGAAUGGAGGAGGCUUUCCACAAAGUUCGUCGAACGCUUUGACACCCCCUGGGCAUCAGGCAGGCAGAAAGCCAUAGGCAAUCUCACCCCCUCUCACUCCCACACACCCCACCAAAGGAAGCAGCAAGCUGCCACCGAGCUAAGAGCGUUGAGGGACAGAGCCUGA